AUGGCGUCCGGAUAUAACUCAGGGUUCUCGGCGACGUCGAACCUGUAUCGCGUCGGGAGCGAUGGACGUUCAUUUUCCAGCCAGGAUGAUGGCUCCGGGGAUGGCAGCUGGCCGGGGGUGGCUCCAAGGUCAGUGAGAAAUGCUCGCUCGGAGUCUGGAGGUAGCGCCACCACUGGUCAUCGAGGAGGGUCAUUGGCCCAUUCUUCGGGGUCCGGGGCUCCAGGUAGCUUCAGCGCCGAGCUCAAAAGCAUGAACUCACGUAGCACUACUCCCCGACCUGAUGGCACAUUUAGGCGAAGGGGGAGCAGUAACGUUGAUCACGAUGAUAUGUCCGGAACGGAGGAGCGUCAGGCCGCGAUACGGAAUAAGAUUGCGAAAGAAAUGAAGAUCAAAACGGGGACGGAGAAUAUGCUCGAAGCACUACUGGCCAAGAACCCAAAGCAUACAAAGGACCAACGGCUCAAGGUGGAGUCGGAGUUGAGCUCGUCUAAUCGCAAGUUAGCCGAGCUACAUCACGAACUUGAAGAGGAGCUACUACGUGCGCAGGCGCCAUCCACUCCUCCUCGAAGUCGCUUGUCGACUUUGUUUCAGGGCAGUGCUAUGCGAUCGCCCUCUCGGAACAACAUAGAUGCAGAUGAUGACCAGUUGGAAAAUGGGGAAGCAGAAAUGGAAUCACCGACAUAUGUGCUCGCGGAAACAUUACAAGCAUUGGAAAUUGAGGGCAUGUCACCGGAUUACUACGUCGAACGUGCCAAUAGCCUGGUGGAACUGUUCAGACGACACCCCACCUUAAAGUAUGAUCUAGCAUGGCCAGUGUUUGGGUUGCGCGUCCAGAUCAUGCUUUUGAGUGAUAGCAAAGAGGUCGUGGCGGCAGGCUACCGUUUAACGCGUUAUGCAAUAGCAGAUCGUAAAUCUCUCCAGAUAAUUCGCUCGCUGCACACCGAUGAGCUGGUCAUCUUAUCUUUGGUCAAGGAAAGCAAAUCAAGCAUUGAGCGGGAGCAAGCCCUGAAAUUCAUUAGAGGUUUCUUGGAUGUGAAGGAUGGCGUUCAUGAGAUCUCACGUGCGGUGAUGCGGACAAUUGUGUGCGUUGCCGAGCACUCUGAGGAUCGACUGCGAAAUAUAUCAAUCAUGACCCUCGCUGAGAUCUUGGUCAAAGAUCCGGAGCUAGUAGCACAGGCCGGUGGCUUUGCUAUAUUGCACGAUGCCCUAGCAGAAGGAACAUUCGGGGCGUCAGAGAGUCUGAUAGCCAGUUUUCUACACGUACUUGAUACCCCACACAGCAGGAAGCAUCUACAAGGCGGAUGCGAGCUUGAGGCUGUCCUUGCUCCGUUUACCGAUUCCCUGUCUGACACUGUCCGUAGUGGGCGUUUAAAGUCCUCAGCGAAAGCUAUUUCCGCCAUGCUGAAAACCUGGCCCGGGCUGGUGGUCCUGGCAAGGAAUGAGGCAAAACCUCUCCAGUCCCUUUUAGAGUCAUUGCAUUACCCAGAUCCUCAAGCGAGGGAUCUCAUAAUGGAGCUUUUAUUUGACGCGCUGAGGAUAAAGCCGCCAUCCUGGUCAUCGUCCUUUCUCGCCGGCCGCAGGCUUACAACCUAUGGAAGAGUUGCAAACCUCAGGUCAAAUACUGACACGAAACAAACCCGCGGGUACUAUGAUGACCGCGAUAACAAAUUCGAUCUAACGGCACAUUUCUCGACGUUAAUCCUUGCGACUCUGGUGGAUGCUGGGUUGUCACAGGCUCUCUCUGGGCUUAUUGAGGAGGAGACUGAUCCUUCUCUCAGGCGUAAGGCAACGUUACUUCUAACGGAGGUUCUAAAACUAGCCCACCAUUCCUUACCUCGGAAUAUAAGUGCAAAGCUUCAGGUCCUUCCACAUUUGUUGCCGGCCGCUAUCAAGUUUGAUGUUGAAAAUCAUGAUGUCUCCACAUCUACUAUCUACCAGAUAGAGAGCAUUAACAGGACUUUGGCUCGCUCCAUAGGGAACGUUCCGAAUGGGGCAGGGCGAUACAACGUGGACGUUGACAUAUCUGCCUCUCUCUUGACGGGCGACCAAGGCAAAGACAAACUGAGCCCUGCGAUGGAUGAGACACGGUUUCGCAAUGCGAUUUUGGAAACAAACGUUUUGAAUACAGUGAAUUACCUUAAGUGGAAAUGGGAUUUGAUCCACCGUAUCGUCGAAGGCCCCCUGACGAACCCUAAGAGGCUGGAUGAGGCUAUCAAAGGGUCAAAGUUUAUGAAACGGCUCAUGGGCUUCUACCGGCCUUUUAAGUACCGGUUUUCUAUGCUCCCGAACACCAAGCCCAAUCAACGAUACGUUCGAACUGGUUGUGCAUUGAUGCGCACCCUGGUUCAAGUCCCGGAGGGGACGAAGUAUUUGGCCGAGAAUAAAUUUCUGAGACAAGUGGCUGAAUGCCUUGCUCAAGUGGACCGCAUGAGUGGACUGACCUCGGCAUCGCCUCUAUUCUCACGAGAGCAGAUGGCUGGUUUCAUGAGUGGGGGCUACUUUGCCAUGCUGGGGACAUUGAGUGGCGAUUCGAACGGCCUUGUUAUGAUGGAGCGAUGGCACAUGCUUAACAUGUUCUACCAUAUUGUUGAACUUCGGGAUCGGGAUGACCUGAUACAAACCCUUCUAGGGAAUAUGGAUUACACUAAGGACAGUCACCUUCGGGUUAUUUUGUCCAAGGCACUCACCACCGGUUCCAAGGACAUUCGAAUAUUUGCCACAAAGCUUCUUCGGAAGUAUGCGGUUGGGAAUAUUUCGCUCUCACCACAGGCUGCUAUAAGCAACGCAGAUUGGGUCGUCAAGCUUCUUGUGACUCAGCUAUAUGAUCCCGAUGUUUCUGUAUGUCAGGUUGCGGUGAAGAUUCUCGAAGAGGCAUGCAACCGUCGCGACUAUCUCGAAUUCGUUGUCAAAUGCCGGCCGGCUUUAGACCAUCUGGGAGAAAUUGGUGCACCCCUCCUUCUGCGGUUUUUGUCAACUUCAGUAGGCUACCACUACUUAGAUGGCCUCGACUAUAUCACUCAAGAAAUGGAUGACUGGUUCCUCGGCCGUAACGACACAUAUGUUGGAUUCGUAGAAGCUGCCCUAACCAGGGCCUACGUUGACCAGCCGCGAAGGGGUAGCCUUGUGCCUGAUGAUUUUGUGGAUCUGCAGGACCUAGGACUGGUGCCGCCACAUUUCUAUAGGGAACUUGCCCGGACUUCAGAAGGCUGUAGGCUUCUUGCACAAUCAGGCCACUUCAAUGAAUUUGCCUGGACAAUUCGGGACUUUCGACUAGAUGAAGAAGACACCGAGGUCCUCCUCAAAGUCAAGGGAUGCUUGUGGGCUGUGGGUAACGUUGGCUCGAUGGAACUGGGCGCGCCGUUUCUCGAGCCAGACAUUGUCGAACACAUUGUAAAAAUAGCCGAAAGUGCAGAGGUUUUGACCAUGAGGGGAACGGCCUUCUUUGUCCUUGGCCUGAUCUCGCGUAGUCGACAUGGCCUGAGAGUGCUUGGGGAGUUGGGUUGGGAGUCCGCGGUUGACCAGAAAGGAAAUUCUCUGGGACUGAGUCUUCCGACUGACUUUAACAAGCUCUUCCUGGUCGAAUUUCCCUCCCACUCGCGGAACCCCGCAUCGAAGCGGACGUCUCAAGAGAGAUUUAAGGAAGCUACGUUGGAUUCAGAUCCAGUCAACCAAAAGAUUCUGAAGCUGAUCGUUGACAUGGGCAAUACUGUUUUGUCUAAGCGAGCGGCGGCGGAUCUCCAUAGCAUCAAAUCCAAACAACCUGAACGAUUUCACCAGCUAAAUCUCUUCCGUAAAACCCUUAGCAUCCUCGAAAGUCAUCACUUCCGAUUGAAUGCUCGACGCUUUGCCCUGGACUUAUUCGACAAGAGUGUCAUGCGGCGGGUUGUAUUAGAAGACGAGUCUGACACGGACUCGGAGGCAACCUCAUCUCAGGAAUCGAGCUGA